GGGAUAAUCUCUUUCCCGGGCACUCCCUUGUGGUCUUCGGCAACAUUUUCUUACGAGAAGUGGGCUUGACAAACAUGACCAACAUCUUGAAAGGCUCAGUGAGAAUUGAGAAGAACUGGAGCCUGUGUCCAGGUCCUGAAGCAACCUGGAGUCGACUCACCUCUCCUUCGUACGUCAAUGUUAUACAGGAUAACUACGAGAUGUGUAUCUACGCUCAGUGUGAAGAAGAUGGAAACUGUACCACUCGACUCUCCUCCCUGAACACUCAGUGUACUUAUCAUGGUUACUGUUUCCAAGGAGAGGAAUGUCACUCUGAGUGUGUGGGAGGAUGUACCUGCUUACACAGUGCUACCUGCUGUGUCGCCUGUAGGCACUACCAGGACGGCAACACCUGCCUUCCAGCCUGCUCACCUACCUCACUUAACAGUGUUCACCAUCUGGGCUACCGUUGUGUGAGUGAGGAGUGGUGUAGGAGGAGUGGCUGGAGGGUUGACCAGGAGUACCUGGUUCAUGACCAGGAGUACCUGGUUCAUGACCAGGAGUACCUGGUUCAUGACCAGGAGUACCUGGUUCAUGACACCACCAAGUUCAUCCUCACCUGUCAAGGUCAGUCACCACAAUUAAUAUUCUUUGAUAAAUUAGACACAUGUCAAUUCCGUUUAAAAUUUAUAAUAGAUUUUUGUUUGUUUUUCCUAGUACCAAAAUACAAAUCAUCAGUAAUCAGGAAAAAUAUUGAAAAAUUAUUUCAGAUAACUCUUUGGUAUGUUUUGCUAAGAUGUGACCUGGAGGCAGAACUCAGUGUGGUGGUGAUGGUGACUUAAUCUAAGACGUCAGACUCAACCUCACCUCCCUGGGAUCACAACACUUUGUCUCUAUUCUUAAGGAGCUGUAU